AUGUCGAUACAGAUGACGAGAUUGGACCACAUGCGAUAUGCGCGCUAUCAAUCGCUCCAAGACUCUAACCCAGGCGACAUUGGAUCGACCUUUCUGAUACUGACCAGCGUGUUCACCGCAGUCAGCGCCUUGACCACCAUCCUGCGAUGUGUCGCCCGAGCAUACCGACGCUCUCUAGGCUGGGACGAUUACACAAUCGCCAUUGCGACGGCUUUCACCAUCGCGCGCAGCGGACUGCAGAUUGCCAGCGUGAAGCACGGAAAUGGGAAACACCGGUCAGAAGUCUCUGAUACUGAUUAUUCCUGGGUCGUCAUGCAAGGGUGGUAUACUCAGGUGAUCCUGUUUCCGACCCUUUGUCUGCUCAAAUGCUCGAUUUGCUCGCUUCUGCUCCGUAUCAUACCCACGCUGCGUACAAAAUGGGUUCUCUGGGCGAUAAUGAUUGGGCUUGUGCUCACGAAUCUGGAGCCUGUUAUCGUUCUUCUCGCAGAGUGUACUCCGGUUAAGACGUAUUGGGAUCCGCAGGCUGGCUACUCUGCCCUUACGGACCUCAUUUGCGCCCUUAUGCCGAUUUACGUCUUCUACAGGAUUCAAAUGCCAAUGAGGGAUAAGAUUUUGCUGUGUGGUUUGAUGAGUUUGGGUCUUGUAGCAACAGCAUGUGCAUUAGUAAGAGCUUCAUCACUAGGCACAAACACCACGGAUCUUACAUACGACUAUUGCAUAGCUGCAAUAUGGGCAAAUGUCGAACUCCAUCUCGGAAUCAUUGCCGCCAACGCUGCCUGCGGAAAUCUCAUAUACGGACUUAUUUUUUCAUGUCUUCGUGACCGUUUUCUGCCAAAAAUUUCUCAGAAUAGCAAUAGCUACCACACCCAUGGCAGCGGUUUCUCGGCGUCCCGUUCUCGAAGAGGAAGUGUUUACUUGCGAAGCCUCGACGCGGAGAGAACAAACCACAAUUCUGCACUAUCCGGUCAUAAUAGUGGAUACGGCGAAAGUAGCAGUGAGGGUAGAAGUGGCAGCACAAGUGUUGCAGGGGGGCCAGAAAACGGAUUGUCCCUCCAUCACAGCCGAGAAAGUGAGAUGCCUUUGCAGGAUGGUAUUUGCAAAAAGGUGGAAUACGUGAUGGAGCGGUCUGAGGCGUCCGAAGACAACAAACCGCUGCCAGGUAAUGGGAAUUGGUUUAUUAAUGGGAGGUUAUCGCGUUGA